AUGACGCAGGACGAGGCACUGCCAGACUCCUACUCCGCACAGGGCUUCUACGACAACUAUGAGCCCAAGGAGAUCCUGGGCAGGGGUCUGAGCAGUGUCGUCAGGCGCUGCAUCCACAAACCCACGUGCCAGGAGUACGCCGUGAAGAUCAUUGAUAUCACUGGCGGAGGCAGCUUCAGCUCCGAGGAGGUGAAGGAGCUGCGAGAGGCCACGCUGAAGGAGGUGGACAUCCUGCGCAAGGUCUCGGGGCACCCCAACAUCAUCCAGCUGAAGGACACCUAUGAGACCAACACUUUCUUCUUCUUGGUGUUUGACCUGAUGAAGCGAGGAGAGCUCUUUGAUUAUCUUACCGAGAAGGUUGCCCUGAGUGAGAAGGAAACCAGGAAGAUCAUGCGGGCCCUGCUGGAGGUGAUCUGCACCCUGCACAAGCUCAACAUCGUGCAUCGGGACCUGAAGCCCGAGAACAUCCUCCUGGACGACGACAUGAACAUCAAGCUCACAGACUUUGGCUUCUCCUGCCAGCUGGAGCCAGGAGAGAGGCUACGAGAAGUCUGUGGAACGCCCAGUUACCUGGCCCCCGAGAUCAUCGAGUGCUCCAUGAACGACAACCACCCAGGCUACGGGAAGGAGGUGGACAUGUGGAGCACAGGCGUCAUCAUGUACACCCUGCUGGCCGGCUCCCCGCCCUUCUGGCACCGGAAGCAGAUGCUGAUGUUGAGGCUGAUCAUGAGCGGCAAAUACCAACUUGGCUCACCCCAGUGGGACGACCAUUCGGACACUGUGAAGGACUUGGUGAGGGGCUCCCAGGCUUGGGGGAGGGUAACGCCAUGCCACAACAGGGCCCACGUUCUCUGCAAAGCUGGAGAGCCCGUCUUAACGUUUUCUCUUCCUCUUCUUUGUUCUCAGAUUUCCCGUUUCUUGGUGGUGAGCCCCCAGAGUCGCUGCACAGUCGAAGAGGCCCUGGCGCACCCCUUCUUCCAGCAGUACGUGGUGGAGGAAGUGCGUCACUUCAGCCCCCGGGGAAAGUUCAAGGUGAUUGCGCUGACGGUGCUGGCCUCGGUGCGGAUCUACUACCAGUACCGCCGCGUCAAGCCUGUGACCCGGGAAAUUGUGCUCCGCGACCCGUACGCGCUGCGGCCGCUGCGCCGCCUCAUCGACGCCUGCGCCUUCCGCAUAUACGGGCACUGGGUGAAGAAGGGGCAGCAGCAGAACCGCGCCGCGCUCUUCGAGCACACCCCCAAGGCCGUGCUGCUCUCCCUAGUGGAGGAUUACUGAGGGGCGCUGG